AUGGCGGGACAUGAUAUUAAAUACCUAACAUUGAUUGAAAGAUCAAAAUCGGGAAAAGGUCAAGUCAUUUACGUUGCAAUGACUAUUCGAAAUGGAAUGAAAUUGAAAGAAUUGCUUACAAAUACAUUUAUGACUAAAAUACAAGAAGAAUGGAAUCAAGUAUUUUAUGGUAAGCAUGGAGAAGAAAAUUUAAAAGAAUACGUUUAUAGUAAACAUGGGAUUAAAGAAUUUUCGAUGAGAGAUAUCGUGUGUGGAUUAAAUGUUAAAAAAAAUGUUGAUUUUGUUGAGAAAACAGUUUCACCUCUUGAUGGUGUAGAAUUAAUUACUCACGUUGCUGAGACAGCAUCAUCAGUUGUUAUCCCUUUCGAACAAUUCCUUCCGCUUGUUAAAAAAGAUUAUGAUAGCAGCAUUACCUUAUUAAGUUUUACCUUAACGGUUGAUUUUAAGAAUAAUUCGGAAAAAGAAGAUAAAAUUUUAAAGGAAGACAUUGAAGAACUUCUAAAGUUUCAAGCAGCUUUAGCAGAAAGUAUUGAAGUAGUGGGUAAGAAAAUAAGUCAUGUGGACGAAACAAUCUCUGGAGCAAGUGACAAAGUGAACUUGGUUAUUAAGAAAGUCAAUUAUGAAGAAGCUAAUGAGCCACCUCGAAGUGAUAGACUAAGAAAAUAUGUCUAUGUAAAAACUAAAGAAGAUGUCGCUUUUAAACGUGUGGAUAAAGGAAAUUAUAAUACAGUUAAAAAUCAAGUCACAAUUCUCAAAAAGCUAAAAGAUUGUCAAAAUAUUAUUCAUUUCUAUCGCCUUACUAAAAAUGAUAAAGAUGAUUUCUAUUUAGUAACCGAAUGGGCAGAAUAUAAAAAUUUACGUGAAUAUAUUACUUCAAAUGGGCAAAAUAUCGAGGUGAAAUUGAGAAUUAAAUUUGCUUAUGAUAUCGCUAAAGGGUUAAAUUUCCUUAAUUCUGUCAAGAUCGUUCACCGAGAUAUAAGAUCAAAAAAUAUCUUAGUAGAAAAAAACGAGAAUAAUAAACGAAAUACAGAAGAGGAAGCAAAAAAAAAUAUGAUACCAAAUGUGAAAAUUACAGUUUUGGUAUUUUUCUUUGGGAAAUUGGUGAAUGUAGAAUUCCUAAAAUAUAAUGCUCUCGUAAAUAAAGCUGUCGACCAAAAUCCAGGUCUGAGACCUAUAUUAGUUCAAGAUAUCUUUAAUAAUUAUAUUAAACACACCGUAAGCCGUUCCGGUACUUUGAACAGCGACACUAUUGCGGCAACAGAUGAAGAUUUUGUUAUUGAUUUCAAUAAAGCUGCAGAUUAUGGGGAUGAAUAUCCUGACGCGCAACUUCUUCGUUAUGCGACAUUGGUUAUGCAAGGAAAAGGUGUUGAAUCAAAUACGGAAGAGGCUUUGAACUAUUUUGUUAAAGCAGCUAAAAAUGAUCAUCUGGUGGCUAUGUUUAAUGUUUCUACCUAUUAUUUCUCUCAAAGUGAUGUAGAAUUAGGAAGAUAUUAUAUGAUGAUGCCGCUAGUAAAAAUUAUGAGCAAGCAAUUAGGUAUUGCAAAGAUAACAGCAUCACGUAUGAGAUCUGAUCUGAUAAAAUUCAGGUCAACCAAUUAA